UUGCCGUCCGAAAAGGCACACCCGGGAGACGAUCCCGCGGUCCGGUCUCUCGGACUGUUGACAUUUAGAUGGUGUGUUUCGCGCGUAAAAUCCCACUUCUUUCGAUUUUCCUUUUCGAUUUUUCGCCUUUUCGCCAUGGAUGCUGACGGGGACGCAGCAUCUCCAUCGGCUGCAGAAAGCUUGGCAACCUCUCGUUCCAAGCGAUCUCGCAAAGACAAACAUGGGCGAUUUGCAGCGCUUGAGAAACUACGUGAGCUGAAGGGGUCCAAGCAUAAAUAUGAAGUCUCUGAACUAGUAAAUGUAUAUGAGGAAGUUGAUGAACGGGAGUACUCUCAGAGACGUCAGGAUCGCCUCGAAGAUGAUUGGAUUGUUGAUGAUGAUGGUUCAGGCUAUGUGGAAGAUGGGCGAGAAAUAUUUGAUGACGAUGCUGGUGAGGACGAUCUUUUUGUUGGCAAGAAGGCGAAGAAAGGUGGAAAACGGAAGGAAGUGGGUGGUAAGGCUUCUUCGGGGUCCGUUGGGAGGCAAGGAGCAGGAAACAUUAAAAAUAUGCUCAUCAACAUGCCUGCGAAAAAGAAGAGAGCUGAAACUAAUAUCCGCCUGGAUGAUGAUGAAUUACUGGGAGAUAUUCUGCAAGACCUUGAUAAGGAGUCUGACACCAUUCGACCACCCAUGCCAACGCUGCUCAAGAAAAAGGUGCCAAAACCUCCCAGUGCAUCACCUGUCAACCCUUUUGCUAGACCACAGGUGACUACCCCAGUGCGAGUGAAGGCCUCACCCAAACCCCUGAAGCCAAGAACCAUUUUGGAUGAGAAUGUAGUCAAUGGGGCAUCACCGAAGGCCAAAAGAUCUCUAGAGGUGAAGGAAGAGCCUCUCUCUGAGCAGAUUGAUGAGUUUGAUUCCAUGGAUGUCAUGGAUAUGGACUUUGAUGAUGAAGAUGUAGAAAAUAUGGAGGCAAUGCUAGUCAAUGAAGAGAAAAAAGCUGCAAUAAAAUUGGAAAAGGAAGAGCCAAAAGAAGAGUUGAAGGAAGUGAAGGAAGAACCACAAGUGAAAGAAGUGAAAGCAGAAGUGAAGACCCAAGUGAAUAGAGGAUUUACUGCCAAGCCAAAGGUAGACGUUGCUCAAGUCACAACUGGCUGGGAGACAGUUAAGGAUGAAGUAAAAGAUGCUAGCAUUGUGCAAGAUGUCCAGAUUGAUGCUUCUAAACUACCACUGACCACCAACAGUGAAGGAGAGCAGGUUCUCAGAUUUUAUUGGUUGGAUGCCUAUGAAGACAUAUACAAACAACCAGGGACAGUGUACCUGUUUGGUAAGGUUUGGAUUGAGUCAGCACAGACCCACACAAGUUGCUGUGUAGCAGUCAAGAACAUUGAGAGAAGACUUUAUAUACUUCCCCGUACAAAGCGUAUGGACCUCAAAACGAAAGAAGAGUCGGAGGACCCAGUAGGCAUGAUGGAAGUCUACCAAGAAUUUAACUCGACUGUUGUCCAGAAAUACAAAAUUUUGGAGUUCAAGAGUAAAAAAGCCAAGAAAAAUUAUGCAUUUGAAAAGUUUGAUGUGCCCAAUACAGCUGAUUAUUUGGAAGUCCGAUAUUCUGCCAGUCUCCCAGCCCUUCCAUCCGAUAUUUGUGGUGAAACUUUCAGCCAUGUGUUUGGUACAAAUACCUCCCCCUUAGAAAUCUUCCUUUUGGACCGCCGGAUUAAAGGACCAUGCUGGUUAGAUAUCAAGUUCCCACAGUUGCCAUCACCAGUUGUCUCCUGGUGCAAAGUUGAGGCUGUAGCUGUCAAACCGGACCAUGUGUCUGUUGUCGCUGGUCUGGUUCCUCCUCCAGUUGUGGUGAUGACAAUGGGUAUGCGAACCACUGUCAACCCCAAGACUCACCAGAAUGAGAUUGCAAUGGUGUCUUGCCUUGUUCAUCAAGAUUUUCCUCUUGACAAGGCAGCACCACAACCACCCUUCCAGUUACAUUUUUGUGCAAUGUCACAUCCCUCUGAUGUCACAUGGCCUUGGGACCUGAAGGAUGCUUUGCCUAGAUACAGGUCAACUAAAAUUGAGAAAAUGGAAACAGAAAGAGCUCUCCUGGGAUUUUUACUGGCCAAGAUCCACAAAAUUGAUCCAGACAUUGUGGUUGGUCAUGAUAUUUAUGGGUUUGACCUUAAUGUCCUGCUUCAUCGUGUAAAUGCCAACAAGAUUCCACACUGGUCCCGUCUUGGUCGUCUGAGGCGUACACAGAUGCCAAAAUUAACCGGCAGAGGGUUUGCAGAGAGGUCAGCCAUGUGUGGUCGUUUGGUAUGUGAUGUAAAACUUUCUUCAAUGGAACUCAUAAGAGCCAAAAGUUAUGAACUUGCUCCUUUGGUGAAUCAAGUUCUACGCAUUCCAGAGAGUGAGUGCAAGACUUUGACAGUGGAUGAAGUCAAGAAGAUGUAUGAAUCAUCAUCAUCAUUACUCCAGCUUGUAACCAUGACAAUGCAAGAUGCAUCAUAUGUCCUCCGCUUAAUGUGUGAGCUGAAUGUACUUCCACUGGCACUACAGAUAACAAAUAUUGCUGGAAAUGUAAUGUCUAGAACUCUACUUGGUGGACGCUCUGAGAGAAAUGAGUUCCUCUUGCUACAUGCGUUUACUGAGAAGAAUUUCAUUCCUCCUGACAAGCAUUAUGGGAAAGCUAAUCAAAAGGUUGAUAUAGAUGAAGACCAUGCUGAUGGAGAGGAAACAGGAGGGAAGAGGAACAAAGGGCGUCGGAAACCUGCCUACACUGGUGGUCUGGUGCUGGACCCAAAGAAAGGAUUUUAUGACAAAUUUAUUUUGCUCAUGGACUUCAACUCUCUGUAUCCAAGCAUCAUUCAAGAGUACAAUAUCUGCUUUACUACUAUGGCUAGGGAAUUCAAAGAGGAAAACAAAGAGGGAGAGGAAGAGGUCCUGCCAGAUUUGCCAGACCCAGAGCUAGAGGCUGGCGUUCUCCCAACAGAAAUUCGAAAAUUGGUUGAGAGCAGAAGACAAGUAAAACAGCUCAUGAAACAGCCAGAUAUUUCAAAUGAUUUGAAGUUGCAGUAUGACAUUCGCCAGAAGGCUCUGAAGUUAACGGCAAACAGUAUGUACGGUUGCCUAGGCUUUUCAUACUCCAGGUUCUUUGCCCGUCACUUGGCUGCUCUUGUCACAGGAAAAGGACGAGAAAUUUUAUUGCAUACCAGAGACCUUGUACGGAAACUGAACUUUGAUGUCAUUUAUGGAGACACUGAUUCCAUCAUGAUCAACACUAAUUGCACAGAUUAUGAGCAAGUUCAGAAACUUGGGCAUAAAAUUAAAUCUGAAGUAAACAAGUUGUAUAAGCUCCUUGAACUUGAAGUAGAUGGCGUUUUCAAGUACAUGCUGCUGCUAAAGAAGAAAAAGUAUGCUGCCCUCACAGUUACCAAGCUUCCCAAUGGUCAGACAUUGGAGGAACAAGAAUUGAAGGGUCUUGACAUUGUGCGGAGAGAUUGGUCUCAACUUGCCUCUGAUUGUGGAAGACAUAUUGUGCAGCAGAUUCUUUCUGACCAGGGACCUGAUGAGCGUAUAGAGAACAUUCAUUCACACCUGGAGAAGCUAAAAAAUGAUCUCAAUGACGGAAAGAUUGGGCUGGAUUUACUUAGCAUCACAAAGUCCUUAACCAAGAACCCAGAAGACUAUCCUGAUAAGAAAAGUCUUCCUCAUGUCCAAGUGGCACUUCGCAUGAACUCUCGAGGAGGGAAGAAACUGCGUCAAGGAGAUACAGUACAAUAUGUGAUCUGUGAGGAUGGAAGUAAUUUGGCUGCUACGCAAAGAGCUUACCAUGUGGAUGAGUUAAAAACCAACUCGGCUUUAGUCAUAGACAAGAACUACUAUUUAGCUCAUCAGAUACAUCCUGUAGUUUCUCGUCUUCUUGACCCCAUUGAGGGAACAGAUGCAGCUAGAAUUGCUGAAUGUCUUGGCCUUGAUCCAUCUGGAUAUCGAGUUUCAAAGCAGUAUGGACAUGGUGAAGAAGAGGAAGACAUGUCAACAACAGAAAUACCAGAUGAAGAACGGUAUCGCAUGUGUGAGAGAUUCACUUUCCAGUGUCCUGGGUCAGAGUGCGACACCAUCAUCACCAUGGACUCACCCUUCCGAGGAGUGGGAACUGGGAUGAAUUUAGAGGUGGCUCUGCAAAACUGUCCAAACCCUAAGUGCAAUUUCCCAAUUUAUUCUCGCCUUGCACCUAUUAUCAACAAGCUGAACUUAGACAUAAGAAAACAUAUCAUCAAGUACUACAAUGGCUGGCUGAUCUGUGAAGACCCUGGAUGCAGCAACAGAACUCGCCGCAUUCCCCUACGUUUCUCCCGAGGAUUCCCAAUCUGCAAUGCCUGUGAAAAGGGAGUUCUUUUCAGAGAGUACACAGAGUCUCAGCUGUAUAAGCAACUGUGUUUCUACGAUUACAUCUUUGACUUCCAAAAAGCUUGCCAGAAAAACAAGGAUGAAAGAAUUCGUGAUGACACACUAAGAAAAGCCUACAACAUUCUACAGACUGAAGUCCAGAAGAAGUUGAAGCACAAUGCAUAUUCAGAGGUCAACUUGACCAAGCUGUUUGGAAGCCUCAUGGCCAAAUCACAGACUAGAGUAUCUUGAAAACAAAGAGAUAGUAACCAAGAAAAUUAAUUGUGCAAAAGAAAUCUCAGGAAAAAAAGGAUCCAAAAUUUCAGUAAUUAAUCAUCAACUGUAGCCUUUUAUUAGGAAAAGGAAAAUGCUGAACAGAGAGAAAAAUGGGAGGAGUGUUAGUACUUUAAAUGUUUCCUAGGGAAAUGUGCAUUAGUAUUAGGCUGUAUAAAAAGAUAAAAAACAAUUUUUGAGUGAAUUUUGUGUGGUAAAUAGGUAAUAGAUUCUUAAAAUCUUGAAAUCCAAUAUAUGUAUUUCAUAUAUUUCUUCCUUUCCUCACCAAUCUAUAUAUUAUAUAUCAGGGUUUGCAUAGCUUCAGGUUAAUAUAUAUUUGCUUUUAUUUGCUGAAGUGCAGUUAUUAUAACAUAUUGUAAAUUGAUAAUUCCAGUGAGCCAGUUCCAUUUGUAAUUUGUUUAUUCAUACCUAGAAUAUAUUCAAACAUGAUACUAUUUUAGAAGCUACUUGAAGCCAUUGUAAGCGGUUUAAAAUGAAAUAUUGUAAAAGGGAAA